CUUGUCCCCACCUAUCUGCUUUUUUCAUGCAGAACGCGCUGGCCAAGGAGCACUUUGAUCGCAUUGACAACGCGCCCGAGCGCCGGCGCACCGGCAAGAACAAGGACAAGUAUGAGAUGCUGCCGUACCCCGGCAACACGCUCAUGGAUGAGGCUGACCUGAAGGGCAUGCUGCGUGCCAUGGCGCUCUUCAUCAAGCACCUGAACGCUCGCGGCUACAUGCACUUCGACCUGAAGCCCGCCAACCUGCUAUACGACAUCGCGCCUGAUGGCAGCAAGGUCUUCCGCGUGUGCGACUUCAACCUGGCAGUCAAGACCGACAGCAAUGGCCGCGUCGCGCGCGCCCAGGGCGGCACCCGCGGCUUCUGGGCGUGGGAGACGUACUGCCAGCUGGAGGGCCUGGAGGUGAAGCACCCCAUCACCCGGGCCGCUGACGUGGCCUCCAUGGGGCUGGUGCUGGCGGACGCCGCCGGGCUGCACUGCCUGGGGGGCGGGACCCAGGCCUACCUGGAGUACCUGCGCGACCUGCCCCGCCGCACGCCGCCCGCGCUCAAGGAACUGAUCGAGUGGAUGGUGGCGGAGGACCCCGCCGCACGCCCCACUCCGGACCAGAUCCUGGCGCACCGGUGGCUGACGGAGUAGUGACGUGGCUAUUGCGAAGGUGACGGGUUGCAAGUAGCUGUGAUGAGACGGGGGGCAAGGGCGCGGGGGCACGCACGGCAUCAGCGGUUCCCCCUGCACGGCAUGGUUGCAUGGCAAAGCUUGCAGGCCGUGGUGCGUCGCUAGGGCGAUUGGGGUUGCAUUGAGAACAGUGGCUCAAUUGGGACGCCAUGCACCCACAGCAGCUGCAGGGGUAUUGCACUUGACAGGACGGUUGGGCUUUCAGCUUGUAUCUUGUGCUGUGCCAGUCUGUAUGGAUCCACCGGUUUUGUUUUGCAUACGGCUCGUGCCAGCUCGUGCUGUCGUGCCUGGCCACAACCACAGUGACUUCUGCAUGUUGGUUGCCACAAACGUGUACAUGUGUGUCUGGGAUCGUGCGUCCUUAUACAUGGCUCACGUAGCCUGAAUGGUAAUAAGACUUGAUGACUAGCUGAGACUGCUUAGAUUGCAUUGGUAACAAGAGGGACGCAGUUCACGCGCCAGUGACUGCUUAGGAUUUCAGUACGUAGGGUUGUGAAAGCGUUUUCCUUGUAAGGGGCCCGUAGG